CAAAAAAAAGGAUUGAAAAGUCAAUAUCAUGACAGAACACAGAAGAUAAUUAGUGUAUAAAAUUCUUGUUAAAUUAUUUGUAAAUUAUGUACAAGUGUUGUAGAUAAUAUCUAGGAGAGAUGUAAAAUUAUAUUUUUCGUCUUUCAUAAUGAAACGGUGAAUACAAUAAUUAGGCAUAUCGUAUACCCCACAGUGCAACAAGAAGAUAACACGAUGUUAGACUGGGCUCACACUGGCGUCAAUAUCACCGUCGGGGGCAACGGUGGCCCUGAGUGCACUGCGUAUCUCUCCAUGACCAAGCGCAUACUGGAGACGAUAUUUGUCAUGGGCCUGACAGCCCCACUUUUGAAAUGGGGCCUUAGAAACCUCUCGCCAAUUCCGGUUGUACAGGAGCACACAGUGGACCCCUUUGGGAAAAGGUUACUUCUGGUGCUCAUGACUCUAAUUUUUGGAAUAGAAAUAGGUUUCAAGUUUUCAUCUAAAACUGUGAUAUUUCUCCUCAACCCCUGCCAUGUUACCACAGCUUUACAGAUCUAUUUACUAGCUGCCCCUCCAAGUAAGCAAGUCGGUGCUGUAUUCCGUUUUCACCUGAACUGCAUGAAUGGUGCCGUCCUAGCUCUAGGUUUCCCCGAACUCGAUGCACUCAAUCUGCCAUUUGAGACUUGGAUAUAUUGGAUUCAGCAUACGAUGAUGUUGAUAAUUCCGAUAUAUUUGUUACGACUGGGAGGCGUCUUUGAAGUGGAAGACUUGACAGAUAUGAGUUGGCCGGCUGUGUCGUAUGGAAUACUGCUCAUAUAUCACUUCAUACUGCUUCAAGCUCUUGGAAUCCCAGCCCAAGUGAACUUGAACCACAUGCUGUGUCCUGCUGUGAAGGACCCGUUUGCAGGACCCUACUAUCGCAUGUACGCCAUCGUACAUCAGGCCAUUCUCGUCCCGUUGUUGAGCAAGUCCAUCCCUGCAUUGGUCUACCAGUUCUCGAGGAAGUCUCAUCAGUCAUGAACGUAGCUGACACUACCACAAACUAGUUUUAACAGUUUCAAUCAUUCAUUACAAUACAUGCUUUUAACAAUAUUGUUCAUGUAGGAACUGAAUAAGGCCGGUUUUAAACUAAAUGAACCAAAGUAUUAAAUAUUUUUAAUAGUUUUGCAGUUAUUUUGUGAUCUUUUAUAAAGUAGUACUAUAGGGUAGACUGCCUUCAUUAGGGUAAGUGAUAAGAAAAUAUCAGAAAUAAAAUUACGAAUCUUGUG